AUGGCUGACAAAGUCAGCUUUACAACGCUUCAAAAGUGGAUCCCUGCUAUAUCACGUUAUCGGUUUUCAAUUGCACGUCACCAUCGAUUGCUCCAUGGAAGAGGAUCUGAAGUUCCUCAACGUGACCAACGGCAAACACGAAUGAGGGCCUCACCUGAACAGCUGGAUCAUUUCUUAGCGUUCAUAACGAGUUCAAGAGCUAUCCAAGAUUUACCAUUUGGUGAAAAAACUCUAAAACUAUCUUCUGGUACUGAAAUCAAGAUCCCAAAUGUAAUAAGAACCUCAAUCCCAGAACAGAUCGUAAAGCAGUAUGAGCGCUUUUGCGCAGAAAUCGGAUACAGCUCCCCUCUAAGUCGAAGCAGCAAUCUAAGGAUACUGAAAGUGUGCUCAGCAUCGAUGCGCAAAUCGCUUCAAGGGCUCGACUAUUUCUCUGCUGAUGGGGCGAAGGCCUUUGAUGAUUUACAAGAAGUUGUCGAGAAGCUUGGAGAUCGCUACCAACGAGGAAUGUCAUGGUCGACAGAAAUUUCAAAAAAGCUGAAGCUGGCAAAGCGCUACUUGAAAGGGGAUUACAAG